AUUGCUAUAUUUGAGUUGAAAUUAGUUAUUUUAAUUGUCUGUGAUAAUUGUUUAUUUUUAUUAAUGAAGACAUAUUAAAUAAUUCAAACAAAUAUGGAAAACGAAAAGAAUACUAUGCUUGCAAUCCUGCAAUUUCUGAAAAAAUAUAACUUGAAGGGAACCGAAGAAUUAUUUAGAAAAGAAGCAAAUUUAACAGAUGUAACUACAGAUGAAACUGAACAAACUGAUUCAGAAGUAAGCAAUGUACUAUCAGCUUAUAAAAGUGAGGGUGAUCCUGCUUUAUAUGAAAAAGCAUAUAGUGAAUUAAAGAAAUUUGUGGAAAGUUCUUUAGAUAUAUACAAGCACGAAUUGGGUACGAUAUUGUAUCCAGUAUUGGUACAUAUGUAUUUAGAACUAGUAUAUAAUAAUCAUUCAGAAGAAGCAAAACAAUUAAUAGAAAAAUUUGGAGGAAAUUUAGAAGAAUAUUAUCAAGCUGAUUUAAAAAGACUUUCAAAUGUUACUAAGCGGGAACAAAUGGCAGGCAAUGAAUUGACUGAUACAUUUAAAUCUAAUCAAUUUAUUAUAAGAAUGUCAAGAGAUACUUUAUCGAUAUUAAAACGACAUUUGCAAGAAAAAAAGCACAGUGUAUUGUUGAAUAUUAUACAAGAGCAUUUGUAUUUUGAUAUGUAUGAAGGUGUUGCUCGUAAUAAACAACAAAUUGAAGCUACUUCAGGUGCAGUUGUUGGUGAAGCGACAAGGCAAGAUAAUAAAACGAAAGUUUAUUAUGGUCUCUUAAAGGAACCAGAUAUUCAAUGUGUUCCACCAGCCGAAGAAGAGGAGGAUGAUGUAGUUGGUGCAGAUGGAGACAAACCAAAGAAGAAAAAAGCUAAAAAAGAUCCACUAUUUUCAAAGAAAACCAAAUCAGAUCCUAAUGCACCAUCUGUAGGUAGAAUGCCAUUACCUAAUUUAAAAGAUGUAGAUAAAUUGGAAAAAAUUAAAGCAAUGAGAGAAGCAUCUAAAAGAGUUGUUCUUGGUCCUGACACGUUGCCUUCUAUUUGUUUUUACACGUUACUUAAUACUGUACAUACCGUAACAGCAGCUGAAAUAUCAGAAGAUUCAAGUUUAUUAGCUGUUGGAUUCAGUGAUUCUAUUAUCAAAGUAUGGAGUUUAGUUCCACAAAAAUUAAGACUUAUGAAAUCUGGUGAACAAUUACAAGAUAUUGAUAGAGAAGCAGAUGAUGUAUUAGUCAGAAUGAUGGAUGACAGAACAGCAGAAAUAACAAGAUCGUUGUAUGGACAUAGUGGACCAAUAUACAAUCUCUCAUUUAGUCCAGAUAGAAGUCUUUUAUUGUCAUGUUCAGAAGAUGCUACAGUGAGAUUAUGGUCGCUUCAUACAUGGACAUGCGUAGUUUGUUACAAAGGCCAUUUAUUUCCUGUAUGGUGUACAAAAUUUUCACCUCAUGGUUAUUAUUUUGCAACAGCCUCUAAUGAUAAAACAGCUAGACUUUGGGCAACCGAUUGUCACCAGCCUCUUAGAAUAUUUGCUGGACAUUAUUCGGAUGUUGAUGUCGUGCAAUUUCAUCCUAAUUCAAAUUACAUUGCAACCGGUUCCAGCGAUAUGACCGUGAGAUUAUGGGAUUGUGUAAACGGUAGUCAAGUUAGAUUAAUGACCGGUCAUAAAGCUUCAAUUUAUUCUCUUGCUUUUUCGGCCGAAGGACGAUUUUUAGCAUCGGCUGGUGCAGAUUAUCGUGUGCUGGUAUGGGAUUUAGCACAUGGUCAUCUUGUGGCUGCAUUAUCUAGCCACACAGGUACCAUACACUGUUUAUCUUUCAGUAGAGAUGGAAAUAUAUUAGUUUCGGGUUCGUUAGAUUGUACUAUAAUAUUAUGGGAUUUUACAAAGUUGGCAGAAGAAAUGAGUUUGGAAGAUGUUAACGUUUCACAUAAUCCUGAUGUAAAAACCAAUGCUGAAGCUUAUUUAUUGCGAACAUUUCCAACAAAAAAUUCUCCAGUUUUAGCUUUACAUUUUUCUAGAAGGAAUUUACUUUUAGGAGUUGGAAUGUUUGAUUCUACGUGACCCCCUUUUUUUCUUAUCAUCUAGUCCUAUCCUAGUUCAUUUAAUGUAUUAAAUCAUCAUGCACAACAAAUCUCUCAUUAUAUAUAUAUAUAAAUAUAAAUAUAUUA